UGUUCAUUGUGUGUGUGUUUGCUGCCCACAGAAGGCAGUAGGGGGCAUCAGAUCCUCUGCAAGGGGAUUUAGUGAUGAUUGUGUGCCACCAGAUUAGUGCUGGGACCCAACCCAGGAGUUCUACAAGAGCAGUAACUGGUGGUAAGUGCUGAGCCAUCUCUCCAGCCCUAAACUUGACAGAUUUUCAAAACUUCAUGUGUGUGCAUGCACAAGUAUAUGCUGAAAAGCAAGUGUUGAGAGUUGAGGUUUGCUUAACAAUCUGUCUUUGGGGGCUGAGAGAUGACUCAGUAGGUAUGCUGGUUAGCUUUGGUCAGCUUGACACAAGGUAGAGUCACACUGGUCUGUAGGCAAACCUAUGGGGUGUUUUCUUCCUUAAUGAUUGAUAGGGCCCAUCCCACUGUGGUUGGUGCUACCCUGGGCAGGUGGUCCUGAGUUCUAUAAGGAAUCAAACUGAGCAAGCCAUGCUAUCAGGAGGGCAGUAAACAGCACAUCUCCAGGUUGAGAGCAUAUGUGGAAUGCAUAAGCCUAUUGUAUAUACAAGUUGGCAAAUCUGUUCCUGGCCCGCUCCUCUUUGUGUGUUAGGUAGAGCUGGAGGCUUUCUAUUUCUAAGGAGAGUUUUCUCAAUUAAUCUCUAAGUGUGUGGCAUGAUAUCUCAUUGGGAAGGCAUAUCAAUUCCAAAACAGUUACACCUUCCAGUAUUCAGAACAAUAUUUUAAGAUAAGGUUUGUUAUGUUGUCUCUCUUUGGGUUGGUCCCGGUGUUUAGGCCCACAGGGCAAUAACGCUGCUGCCCUCAGGACUCAGCCUCUUCAAUUCUUGAUUAAAGGUUUGCAGCAGCACACUUUUUUUUCUUUUCCUUAGACAGAGUUUCUGUAUGUAGCCUGGGGUGUUCUGGAACUCACACUGUAGACCAGGCUGGCCUCAAACUCACAGAGAUUCAGUUGCCUGUGUCUCCUGAGUGCUGAGAUUAAAGGCGUGUGCCACCAUCACCCUGUAAGUAGCACACACUUCUACAACUACCCAUUGGAGUCAUGGAAUGGGCUGUCCAUUGCACUAACAGGGAUAGGAUUUGUGUGUGGAGCAUGGCUUCUCCAUUAAGACCAGAAUAGAAGGAAGAGUUUAUUGUGUAUACCACAGGGGAAAAUAGACUAGGCCAUAGCUAGAUUGGAGAUUGUUUAAGUCAGUGAGCUGCAGGUGUCUCUGUUAUCAAAAAGGACAUGAUUGGGCAGGAUGCAGUGACCUAUGAGGAUGUGCAUGUAAACUUCACUCAUGAAGAGUGGGCUUUGCUGGACCCUUCCCAGAAGAGUCUCUACAAAGAUGUGAUGAUGGAAACCUACUGGAACCUCACUUGUAUCGGUUACAAAUGGGAAGACCAUAAUAUUGAAGAACAUUGUCAGAGCUGUAGAAGAAAUGGAAGGUGUGUCAUCUGUCACUCUGGAUACAAUCCAUGUGAGCAUAAGGGGUGUGGAAAGAAGCAUUGUACUUCUGUCUCUCUCAGAACAACUGGAAGAUAUGUGGUAGUCCCCACUAUGAGAAGACAUGACUGUGAUACAAUUUUACAAUUAACUGGUUUUCCAACUUUAGUGGAAAUUCAACAACAAACUCUAUUUGGAGAAAAUGAGUACCAGGAAUAUGGAAAUUCAUCUCUCUCUUCUGGUUCACUGUGCACAUGUAGUGUGGCUCACGGAAUAAGAAAAUGUCAUGAAUGCAGUCAGUGUGGUCCAACUCUGAGUUCUUCAAGUUCUCUUCAAAGACGUGAAAAAAAUCAUAUGUUAAGUGAAAAUAAUAAAUGUGAGUCAUCUACUAAAUGCUUUAGCUAUUACCGGCAUCUUCAAACACACCAAAUACCCAAUAAUGAAGAGAAUCUCUAUGAAUAUAAUCAAUGUGAUAAAGCCUUUAGAUGUGAUUGCUCUUUAAAACACCAAAGAAUUCAUUUGGAAGGAAAACCCUGUGUGUAUAAUCAAAGAUAUAAAGGCUUUGCAUGUCACAGUCUUCACCAGGUACAUAGAAGUGAAACUAAGGAGAAAAGGUACGAAUCUCAGCAAUGUGAUAAAGCCUUUGCAUGUCCCAUAAUACAUAAUAGAAGUUAUACUGGAGAGAAACCCUAUGAAUGUAAUCAAUGUGGUAAAGCCUUUGCAGAGAAGAGAAGCCUUCACAGUCAUGAAAGAUUUCAUACUGGAGAGAAACCCUUUAAAUGUAAUGAAUGUGGUAAAGCCUUUAGAGGGAAGAAUAGUCUUCUCAGUCAUGAAAGAAUUCAUAGUGGAGAGAAACCCUAUGAAUGUAAUCAAUGUGGUAAAACCUUUGCACAGAAGAAUUAUCUUCUCAGUCAUGAAAGAAUUCAUACUGGAGAAAAACCUUAUCAAUGUAAUCAAUGUGGCAAAGCUUUUGUACAGAAGCGUGAUCUUCACAGACAUGAACGAAUUCAUACUGGAGAGAAACCCUAUGAAUGUCAUCAAUGUGGUAAAGCCUUUGUACAGAACAGUAUUCUUCACAGACAUGAAAGAAUUCAUAGUGGAGAGAAACCUUAUGAAUGUAAUCAAUGUGGUAAAGCCUUUGCAGAGAAGAGAAGUCUUCACAGUCAUGAAAGAUUUCACACUGGAGAGAAACCUUAUAAAUGUAAUCAAUGUGGUAAAGCCUUUAGAGUGAAGAAUAGUCUUCUCAGUCAUGAAAGAAUUCAUACUGGAGAGAAACCCUAUGAAUGUCAUGAAUGUGGUAAAACCUUUGCACAGGAGAGUUAUCUUCUCAGUCAUGAAAGAAUUCAUACUGGAGAGAAACCUUAUGCAUGUAAUCAAUGUGGUAAAGCAUUUGCAAAGAUUCGUGAUCUUCACAGACAUGAAAUAACUCAUACUGGGGAGAAACCCUAUGUAUGUAAUGAAUGUGGCAAAGCCUUUGCACAGAAGAGUCAUCUUCUCAGUCACAAAAGAAUUCAUACUGGAGAGAAACCCUAUAAAUGUAAUCAAUGUGGUAAAGCAUUUACACUGAAGAGUCAUCUUCUCAGUCAUGAAAGAAUUCAUACUGGAGAGAAACCCUUUGAAUGUAAUCAGUGUGGUAAAGCAUUUGCACAGAAGAGUCAUGUUCUCAGUCAUGAAAGAAUUCAUACUGGAGAGAAACCCUAUGAAUGUAAUCAAUGUGGUAAAGCCUUUGUAGAGAAGAGUCAUCUUCUGUGUCAUGAAAGAAUUCAUAAUGGUGAGAAACCCUAUCAAUGUAGUCAAUGUGGUAAAGCCUUUGCACAGAAGAGUCAUCUUCAAAGACAUGAAAUUCUUCAUACUGGAGAGAAACCCUAUGAUUUUAAUCAAUGUGGUAAAGCAUUUGCAUAUAACAGUCAUCUUCUCAGUCACUUAAAAAUUCAUACUGGAGAGAAACCCUAUGAAUGUAAUCAAUGUGGUAAAGCAUUUGCACAGAUGCAUGAUCUUCACAGACAUGAAUUAAUUCAUACUGGUGAGAAACCCUGUGGUAAUUAAUGUGGCAAAGCUUUUACAGAGAAGAGAAUUGUUCACAGACAUGAAAUAAUUCAUUCAGGAGAGAAACCCUUUGAAUGUAAUCAAUGUGGUCAAGCCUUUGCAGAGAAGAGUGUUCUUCACAGACAUGAAAUAAUUCAUACUGGAGAGAAACCCUAUGAAUGUAUUCAAUGUGGUAAAGCCUUUGCACAGAAGAGUCACCUUCUCAGUCAUGUAAGAAUUCAAACUGGAGAGAAACCCUAUGAAUGUAAUGAAUGUGGUAAAGCCUUUACAGAGAAGAGAAGUCUUCGUAGUUAUGAAAGAAUUCAUACUUGGGAAGAAACUCUGAAUGUAAUGAAUGUGGUAAUAACUUUGCACACAAGACUCAUCUUUACAGUCUUGAAAAAAAUCAUUCUGUACAGUACCAUAUGGAUGUAAUCAUGUGGCAGUUUCAGGUGUGAUCUGCCAUGUGGGUGCUGGAAACUGAAUUGUGUUUUCUGCAAGAGGUACUUGCUGGAGUCCAGCUCCAUAGGGGUUCAGGUCCCUAAGAGGAGGUGGGGAAUUAGCAAAGGAAGGAGACUGUCCUGAUCUUAGCAUGAAUCGGCAUGACUGCUGCUUUAUUGAAAAAGUAUUAUACCCUUUAUACUGUAUAACUGAAUCUCAGUUUAGACUAAAGCAAGGUUAAAAACAGACUCGAUUCCAGGAUAAAAGCAGCUAUCAACUUCAUCACAGCAUUUUUCUUGAGGCAAAAGUGAUUAAUUCAGCAAGUAUCUAAAUGCGUUUAUGGAUGUGAGCCCAUUGUUUCCUUCCAGUGUGCUUUCAUCCUUGGAACUAGGUAUGCCCAGUUAGUAAAUUAUUAAGUUCUCUAUUCAUGGUGUAUUCAGGGGGAUACAAUGGGGUUUCUUGUGUGAGAGUAGGCAUAGUUAUCAUGCUAUAUGGUUCCAUGGUUUUGGGCAUUUUUUUCCAAGAAUUUUGUUUAAAUAGACUGCCUAUGUAUACAUUCUCAUCUUCUAUUGUAGCUCACAAAAACAUUUCCCACAAUAAAAAGGAUAAGCAGACUUCAUCACAUAUAGUUAGAAUUAUUAAAAUUGAAAUAAAAAGAUGCUGGCGAAUUAA